AGUAUUAGUACCAGUACCCGAAUCAAAAUAUGAACAAAUCUACAUCCCCUAUAGCUAUAGCUUCAUGAUCUCGCGCUAGCCAGUGCUCUAUUUCCGGCUCGUCUUCUUUUUAAGCUACAAAUGCAAGAAAAAUGGUCGGCAAGGUACUGCUGGAACCUGAGGACAGGCGCGAAAAUGAGAAUGCAAUCUAUGCUGGCACAAAAGCACCUCCUCCCGCACCACCAGCUUUGCGGCACGCCGAAAAGGAGCGCAAAUUUUCCACCUGCAGCUUUGCCGAUCGCGUCUGCAACUGUGUCUUGAGCUGCUACCGCACGCAGCGGGAAGACCAGGAGCUGUUUCCAGGCUUGUUGGCACCUGCUGCACCGUGGUCCUCGUCUUCUGAAGCUACUUCGGAGCUGCUCCUGCAAUCUUCAAAAGCAUUUCUGAAGCAGACCUGCAUCGCCGGGUUUGUGCUCUUCGAUAGCGAGGCGAAUGAGAUGCGAUGCGUGAGCUUCGGCGUCGGCACGAAAUUCAGGAAGUACGAUGCUCCCAAGAACCAGUGUGUGGUUCAUCUUGAGCAGCGAAUGCCUGGUGGUGGUGGAGGUAUCGCAGAAGGCGACGCGCAAGAAAUACUUUCAAAGCAAAGUUGUAAAAAAACUGCCCUUUACGACCUCCACGCUGAGGUGCUGGCGAAGCGUGCUCUGAUGCGGUGGCUAGCGCGCGCGGAUGAAGAAGUGGUCAGAGAACUAGCUGGGGUGGGGCAACAUCAAGAGCACCUCCAGCACGAGACCGCAGCUACUCAUGCUGACCAAGAUGCUGAACCAAAUAAACCAGCACACGUGAUACAUCACGGCAAGAACGCCAGUACAGUUACGCCUGAGGGGGGACGUCGAAUUCGAAACGAGGACACAACUCAGCAGGAUUCCAGAGAAAAUCUUCCAAAUUAUCGUUCGAAACCGCCAAAUAAAUUUAAAUACUCGCUUCACAUGUACGUAUCUUCCGCUCCCUGCGGAAAUGCUUGCAUCCGCCGGUGGGGCAAGGGCGGCCUCGGGCCCUCGUUUCCGGACUUGCCGGACUCCGCCUGGCCGCGCCUGGAAGAUGUUGAUAAAAACGACGAGAAGGUGGACGACGAGCAGAGCAAAAGUCAUGCGGCAGGUUUUAAUUUUAUCACUCGGCCGAAGUUUUCCUUCUUCGCCAAGAAGGAAGGACAGGGCGCCUUCUUGCAGAAAGGACCUAAGGAAAUAAACUUUAACUACGGAAACAGCGAUGCGAGAUACCCCUCCGGGGAAACCGAAACAUCAAACAUGGCAAACGAAGAACCAACGCUGGACCAGGCUGUGGAGGAUCAUCACGCGGCAGAGGUACAAAAUAAACUACGAGCCGAGCGUGAGAAGCUGUUUUCCGGGCAGCCGGUGCAGUACUGGCGGCCCUCGUGCCAAGCGACGCCCUUGAGCUGCAGCGACAAAAUCCUGAAAUGGCAGGUGCUGGGCUUCCAGGGCAGAGUGCUGCUGCAAAGGCUGCUGCGACAUAGUUCCACCACUGCUGGUGCUGGGGGUGCAGCAGCAGCAGCUUCUUCCAGGCCUUUCUCGUCUGCUCCUGCUCCAGAGGAAGCAGAAGUUAUACAGUUCAAAGAUUUUUAUCCGGCCGUCCGCAUUGCGACGCUGGUGUGCGGGCGGAAAUUUGUGGACGGGCAUUUGAACAGGGCGGUUUGGGAAAGAUACAAUGUCAACGUUGCCGUUUCGUCACGAUUUGGAGGUAGUAGUAGUAGUAGUAGUUCUGGCGAAGGCCGCUCAGUGGUUCCGCCGCUGGCUUCGCGAAAAAUCGCUUGUCUGGUCACCAUAUCCUCUGCAAAAGUAUCGUACUCGUAGUAAAAGUAAUUGCUAUCAUGCAUGGCAAAUAUCCCUUUUUAGGUAAAUCAGCAUUACAAAUUUCAUUUUUCUUCUUGAAAAAAUUUGUGAUGCAAUUUAUACUAGUGCGAUACUUUUGCAAUGCAUACACUAGCGUGAAGUCGGACGAGGGAGUGUAUGACUGUGCGAGCGCUGUAACAAACCAGGAGCAGAGUUGUGUAGACGCUGCAGGAGUGCCAACAUCAAGUGUCAGGCCGCACAUGACGCAACAAGCCGACUUUUCCGACCCGCGGUGUAUGUGGUGGGCGGCUCCUGGUACUGGUGAUGUGAUCGGGGGCAAGGCGAAAGGCGAGGGCGAGGUUCUGGAUGGGCGCACCGGCAUGGUUUUUCGUGAUGCCCGCCUGAACCUCCUGAAAGAGGACGAGGCAGGACGCAGGUUAAGUGCGGAGCGUAGUUGUGGACCCAGAGUAGAAUCAGGACAAAAAGAACAGGAGGAAGCACCCGGGACUCCGCAUCAUCUAGAAAAGCCCAGCCUGCUCCUCUUCUCAAACAUGGAGAGGGAUAAUUUCUACUUGCCCUCAAAAACUACAAACGAAACCGCAUCCGCAGCUGCGGCUUUAUUGGAGGUUGAAGGGAACAAAAAUCUGCAUCUUCAGCGACAGCAAUCUCGUGCUCGUGUGGAACAUGCAGAAGCCCUUUACGACGCACGAAAACGAGAACUGUAUCAAUUCUUUCAGCGACAUACGCCUACUACAGCGUAGAAGCGACUACAGCGACUUUGAGUAUGAUGAAAAAAGUGCCAAGAAUGAUUUCUGAAACGAGGGAAAUAGAGAU